UAAUCGUUGGUCAGUUUAAAUUCGUACAGCUUCUGCUUCUGAUGUUCUUGUUUUAAUGAACUCCGAAUCAAUAGAAAUGAAUUUGAAAUUUGUAAUUUUUCAAUGUGUGAUCGGUCUAACUUUAUUACAAACGAGAUGUUCAAACGGCGCCCGGAUAUUAGGAUUUUUCGGAACUCCCAUUCGAUCACACUUUAUCGUUGAAGAGCCACUUAUGAGGGAAUUAGCUAAACGCGGGCAUGACGUCACUGUCGUCAGUACAUUUACUCAACACGGACGACCAUUGGAGAACUAUCGCUACAUUGAAAUAUCAGACUUUCUCAAUGGCACGUUCUUUCACAGUCUUGCAUCUGCGGCAGUCCAAUCUAACACUGAAAAAUCGUCCGCAUCAACCUUAUUCAGCAUUGUCAAGAACUUGGUGGGUUAUUCAAUGAACUUAUUGAAACAUCCAAAAUUUCUGGCAUUAAAGAACGAACACUUUGACUUGGUCAUAAUUGGAUGGUUAACGAACGAUUAUGUCCUUGGAUUGUCUGGACACUUCCACUGUCCAUCUGUAAUAAUAACGCCGAAUGUAAAUUUUUAUCCGAUCAGACAAUACAGUGGUAACCCUAGCAGUAUGUCGACCAUUCCAUCCGUAUUAAUGGGAGUGAAUCCAAAAAUGGCCUUUUUCGACAGAGUUUCCAAUUUCUUCGCAUACAUCGUGGAGUUUUUUGUGUUCGAGUUCAACUUUUAUUGGUACGCAAUGCCCUACUAUAAAGAAGCAUUUCCACCGGAUCAAUAUCCCACAUAUGACGAAGUCUUGAAGAACGUGUCGCUGGUCUUGGUUUCACAGCAUUUUAGUGGACAUGUUCCCGAAGCAUUACUGCCCAAUGUGAUCGAAAUCGAGGGAUUGCAUGUCGAAAAGGAGCCAUCGCCUCUACCUACGGAUAUCAAAUAUUUUUUGGAUAGCGCCACUGAUGGAGCCAUUUUCUUUAGCCUCGGCUCAAGUGUGAAUAGCUCUGAAUUGCCGCCGGAAAAAAUUUCGGUUAUUUUACACAAAUUCCAGAAAAUGAAGCUAAAAAUCUUAUGGAAAUUCGAAACAGACCUGCCAAAACUACCGGACAAUGUUAAAAUUGCAAAAUGGUUACCUCAAAACGAUAUCCUGGCGCAUCCAAAUGUGAGACUUUUCAUCUCGCAUUGUGGCAAGGGAGGUAUUACCGAAGCAAAAUUCCACGGAGUACCGAUACUUGCGAUACCCAUUUUCGCCGAUCAGUUCAGCAAUGCAAAGAAAAUUCUCAACGAAGGAUGGGCAGUGAGUCUUCCGCUUAGUGAGAUCAAUGCCAACACCUUUUCUACCGCUGUAGACGAAGCUUUAAAUAACGCUUCCUAUACGCACGUUGCCAAGAAACUAUCGACAUUAUACAAAGAUCGACCAGCGCAUCCACUGGAUACAGCUGUCUUCUGGGUGGAAUACGUUAUUAGACACGACGGCGCUUAUCACAUGCAGAGUCCUGCUGUUCAUCUGAAUUUCCUGCAGUAUUAUUCGGUCGAUGUGCUUGCAUUUAUUGUUGUUGCUUCGUUCGUGCUGGUUAGAGUGAUUAGGAUUCUGUUUAACGUAUUUCUGAUGAAAGUGUUUGGGAUUCGGAGGCGACAUAAGGUGAAAAAGGAGUAAAUUUUAAAUAAAAUUGGUUUA